AUGAAGGACAUCUCGACGAGAGGGCUUUCAGAUGGACCCUCUAUUUAUUUGCCAGAUAUUUCAGAGCCAAGAAACCGAGCUGAGCUGAUGAAGUAUUGGAUUAAUCUGACUUUGGAUAACAAAACAUCAAAUAAGAUGUUGUGGAUUUCUGAUGGUGGUACUAAGGUUUGUCGCAGAACCAAAGAGGUUUGUCCUGUGCUGGAUGAACCAGAGAGAUAUGAAUAUUCCCCACAGGUGUUGUGCAAAGAGAGCAUAUGGAACCGAAGGGCUUACUGGGAGGUUGAGUACACGGGUUGGGUGGCCGUUGGAGCCACGUACGACAAAGCAGCAAGGAGAGCAUAUUCUGGGCUGAGCGGUCUUGGAGAAAAUGAGCAGUCCUGGGGUAUGUGCUGGUCAGGAAGUUGUUACCAGAUAUGGUUCAACUGCAACCAUGAAGACAUCAGUGAGGUCCCAUUUUGCCCCACAAUCGGCAUGUUCAUCGACCAGCCUGCAAGGAUCAUAAACCUUUAUAUUCUACCCAGUGAGGGUGCAGAGAAGGAGGUCAGGCUGUUGUAA